AUGCUUGAUAAGUGCAAAGAGUUUCCUUGGAAAGAAUUACUCAGUGAAGAAACCUCUUUCUCUCUCUCUUUCUCUCUCUCUUUUCUCUCUCUUUCUCUCUCUCUUUUCUCUCUCUUUCUCUCUCUCUUUUCUCUCUCUUUCUCUCUCUCUUUCUCUCUCUCUUUCUCUCUUCUCUCUCUCUCUUUCUCUCUCUCUUUCUCUCUCUCUUUCUCUCUCUUUCUCUUUUUCUCUCUUUCUCUUUUUCUCUCUUUCUCUUUUUCUCUCUUUCUCUUUUUCUCUCUUUCUCUUUUCUCUCUCUCUCUCUCUUUUUCUCUCUCUCUCUCUCUUUUUCUCUCUCUCUCUUUUCUCUUCUUUUUCUCUUUUCUCUCUUUCUCUUUUUCUCUUUUCUCUUUCUCUCUUUCUCUCUCUCUCUUUUCUCUCUCUCUCUCUUUUUCUCUCUCUCUCUCUCUCUUUUUCUCUCUCUCUCUCUCUUUUUCUCUCUCUCAGCUUUUCUCUCUCAUCUGUACCUCCACAACCCUAUUUUAUUUGUUCCCCCCUCACUCUCUCUCUCUCUCUCUCUUCUUUCCGUCCGCUAUACCUUUCUGUUUGUACUGCCUUCACCUAUCUGUAGCCCGCCCUCACUUCUCUUCCUUUGUGUUAUCUAACCUUUUGUUCUUUCUAUUUCACUUUUGUUUCCUCCUCUCUCUCUCUCACUUUUGUUUCCUCUCUCUCUCUCUCUCACUUUUGUUUCCUCUCUCUCUCUCUCUCACUUUUGUUUCCUCUCUCUCUCUCUCACUUUUGCCUUUCUCUCCUUUUGUUUCCUCCUCUCUCUCUCUCACUUUUGUUUCCUCCUCUCUCUCUCUCACUUUUGUUUCUUCAUCCCUCUUUCACUUUUGUUUCUUCAUCCCUCUUUCACUUUUGUUUCUUCAUCCCUCUUUCACUUUUGUUUCUUCAUCCCUCUUUCACUUUUGUUUCUUCAUCCCUCUUUCACUUUUGUUUCUUCAUCCCUCUUUCACUUUUUGUUUCUUCAUCCCUCUUUCACUUUUGUUUCUUCAUCCUCUUUUCACUUUUGUUUUUCAUCCCUCUUUCACUUUUGUUUCUUCAUCCCUCUUUCACUUUUGUUUCUUCAUCCCUCUUUCACUUUUGUUUCUUCAUCCCUCUUUCACUUUUUGUUUCUUCAUCCCUCUUUCACUUUUUGUUUCUUCAUCCCUCUUUCACUUUUGUUUCUUCAUCCCUCUUUCACUUUUGUUUCUUCAUCCCUCUUUCACUUUUGUUUCUUCAUCCCUCUUUCACUUUUGUUUCUUCAUCCCUCUUUCACUUUUGUUUCUUCAUCCCUCUUUCACUUUUGUUUCUUCAUCCCUCUUUCACUUUUGUUUCUUCAUCCCUUUUCACUUUUGUUUCUUCAUCCCUCUUUCACUUUUGUUUCUUCAUCCCUCUUUCACUUUUGUUUCUUCAUCCCUCUUUCACUUUUGUUUCUUCAUCUCUAUUCCGUCUGCCUGUCCGCUCUUUUUCCUGAACUCUCUUCUGUCUGUCCACUUUCUUUCUUGUCUCAUUCCCUCUCUUCGUCUGCCACACCCCUUUUUUAUGUCUGUCAUCCACCUUCUUCUGUCUGCCUCCACGUCUCUCCUCAUUUCUUUUCUGUCUGUUCAAUUGCCACUCUCUUUCACCUUCUGUCAGCGUCACUCUUCUCGUUUGUAUGACUCACUCUUCUCGUUUGUAUGA